UGGAGCUGUAGAGGCAGACACGAGGCACACAUGCUCACCGCACCGCCGCGGCUCGUCGCUGCUACUGCAGCCGGUGCAGCGAAGGAGGCUCUCGGCUUUUCUCUCCACCGUCGACACGGAGGCGGAAUGGCUUGAGAUCAGACAACCGGCUGGCUCGUAUCGGAUCGCUCCUGAUUGCACGAUGAUUUUCUGACUGUCUGCCCUGUCUCCUUCUGUGUGCGUGCGCGCGCACGUGUGCGGGCGUGUGUGGAUGCGUGUGUGUGUGUGGAUGUGUGUGUCCGCCUGUCUUGCCGCGAAUUGCUGCAGUGCUGUUUUUUUUUCCUUCCAGGUGUUGUGUGUGAGUGCGUGUGUGCGCGCGUGUGUGUGAGUGAAUGAGUGUGUGCGUGCGUGUGGUGCCGCUCGUUGUAGCCUGGUGUAAUUGGAAUUGUACUAAAAGAAGCCGGGGAUCGGAGUCUGAUGUCACAUGUGCUUCAUCGGAGGACACGGGACAUCUGCAAGCUGGAUUUUGUGGAGGAUGCUGCGGCAAGUGAUACACAGAGGGCUCAAGGCUUCGUUCUACUGGCUGGGCUUAUUCGUUAGCAGACACCCCGUUUUCUUCCUCACCGUCCCCGCCGUCCUCACCAUCAUUUUCGGAUCUACCGUGCUGAGCCGAUUCAAGCCGGAGACGAACCUGGAGGUGCUGGUCGCCCCGACGCACAGCCUCGCCAAGAUCGAGCGGAGUCUCGCCAACAGCCUGUUUCCCAUCGACCAGUCGAAGCACAAGCUGUACUCGGAUUUGCACACCCCGGGCAGAUAUGGCAGGCUGAUCCUACUGGCCAAGUCCGGGGGGAACAUCCUGGAACUGGCCGACCAGGUCCUGCAGGUCCACAAGCAGGUGCUGGACCUGCGCGUCAAUUAUAAGGGAUUCAAUUACACGUUCGCGCACCUCUGCGUCUUGAGCCACAGGGACAAACGCUGCCUCUUGGAUGAUAUCAUCACCAUCUUCGAAGACAUCAGGCAGGCUGUGCUCUCCAACAGCACUUUCCAUAAGGUGCCCGUGAGCUAUCCAAACACAACGUUAAAGGAUGGUCGUGUGUCCUUCAUCGGACACCAGCUGGGUGGCGUGUCCUUCUCACCCAACAGCCGUGACCAGCAGGUCAAGUUUGCUCGGGCUGUCCAGAUCACCUACUAUCUCCGUAACCACGGACCCCCGGUGCAGGAUGCCAUCGCAGAGCGUUGGGAGAACGAGUUCUGUGCCCUGGUCAGCCGGCUGUCCACGUUCGAGGCACCCCAAGCACCUGACCAGCUCCACAUCCAGUCCCUCACCUCCUUCAGCCUGUGGCGGGACUUCCACCAGACGGGCGUGCUGGCCAAGGGGGAGGUGCUGGUCAGCCUGGUGCUGGUGCUCUUGGCCGCCACCAUCUCCAGUUCCAUGCGGGACUGUCUGAGGGGGAAGCCGUUCCUGGGCCUUCUGGGCGUGUUGACCAUUUGCAUCGCUAAUGUGACGGCCGCUGGGAUCUUCUUCAUAUCGGACGGGAAGUUCAACUCCACGCUGCUGGGGAUCCCGUUCUUCGCCAUGGGCCAUGGAACCAAAGGAGUCUUCGAGCUGCUGGCAGGCUGGAGAAGAACAAGGGAAAACCUACCUUUCAAGGAACGUGUGGCCGAUGCUUUCGCUGACGUGAUGGUUUGCUACACCAUGACCAGCUCACUCUACAUCAUCACGUUUGGCAUGGGAGCCAGCCCUUUUACCAACAUCGAGUCGGUGAAAAUCUUCUGCCAAAGCAUGUGCGUGGCCAUCCUGGUUAACUACUUCUACGUGUUCUCUUUCUACGGCUCCUGCCUGGUGUUUGCCGGACAGCUAGAACAGAAUCGCUACCACAGUGUUUUCUGCUGUAAGAUCCCCUCAGUGGAGUACCUGGACCGCCAGCCCACGUGGUUUAAAACCAUGAUGAGCGAUGGCCAUGACCUGUCCACACACCAUGACAGCAUCCCUUACCAGAACCACUUCAUCCAGCACUUCCUCCGAGAGCACUACACAGAGUGGAUUACCAACACCUAUGUCAAACCGUUUGUGGUCAUUCUUUAUCUCAUCUAUGCCUCUUUCUCAUUCAUGGGAUGUUUACAAAUCAGUGACGGAUCGAAUAUCGUGAACCUGCUGGCUAGUAACUCUCCAAGUGUUUCAUAUGCUUUGACCCAGCAGAAAUAUUUCAGUAACUACAGUCCUGUGAUUGGCUUUUAUAUUUAUGAGCCCAUUGAGUACUGGAACUCCACGGUGCAGGAGCAUUUGAAGACUCUGAGUCAUGGCUUCAACAAGAUCUCCUGGAUGGAUAACUUCUUCCACUACUUGCGAGUAGUGAAUGUGAGCGCAUCGACUAAAAGCGACUUCAUCACCAUCCUCAAGGGUUCCUUCCUGCGCAGUCCGGAGUACCAGCACUUCACUGAGGACAUCAUUUUCUCCAAGAACCGUGAGACUGAUGAGUACGACAUUAUCGCCUCACGGAUGUACUUGGUAGCACGAACCACAGAGAAGAAGCGCGAGGAGGUGGUGGAGCUUUUAGAAAAGCUUCGUCCAUUGAUGCUGAUCAACAGCAUCAAAUUCAUUGCCUUUAAUCCCACAUUUGUGUUCAUGGACCGCUACAGCUCCUCUGUCAUCUCACCCAUCCUGACCUCAGGCUUCAGCGUACUCACCAUCCUCAUUCUCACUUUCUUCCUGGUCAUCAACCCCUUGGGAAACUUCUGGCUCAUCCUCACGGUUACAUCCGUGGAGCUGGGCGUCUUGGGUUUGAUGACCCUUUGGAACGUUGGCAUGGACAGCAUCUCAAUCCUGUGCCUUAUUUAUACCCUCAACUUCGCCAUGGAUCACUGUGCACCACACCUGUACACUUUUGUGCUGGCCACCGAGCACACUAGGACGCAGUGCAUCAAGUUGGCACUGGAGGAGCACGGGGCGGCCAUCCUGCAGAACACAUCCUGCUUUGUGAUUGGGAUCAUGCCCCUGGUGUUUGUGCCUUCCAAUCUGACCUACACACUGUUCAAGUGCUCCCUCCUCACGGCGGGCUGCACCGUGCUGCACUGCUUCGUCAUUCUGCCCGUCUUCCUGACCUUCUUCCCGCCGUCCAAAAAGAGACACAAGAAAAAGAAACGAGCCAAGCGGAAAGAGCGGGAAAGGGAAAGGGAGCGGGAAAGAGAGAGGGAAAGAGAAAGAGAGGAGAUAGAGUGCAUUGAAGUCAGGGAGAAUCCUGAUCAUGUGACAAAUGUCUGAGUAGUUCGUAAUUUUAGCAGUCACUAUCUGUGUGUUACUGGUGGAUUAGAGGUGUCCUCCGAUGGCGAGGCACCUCUUGAGGUGCAGGGGAGUCCGAGAUGUCCCCCUGAGGAGUAGGCAAUCGUCACUCCCAAUAAUAGGAGCUAAGCUGGUCAGAGUCGAGUGCAGCCCCACUGCACAGUCAUUCAGUCCUUCAAUCUGGACAGUGUAUCUCAUUUGCACAAACUGCAACAUGCCCAUGGUUCUAAAGCUCUUUCCCAACUAUUUGGUGUAUAAUAACAAGUUAGUAACCAGAACGUAUGCUUGCUAAAUCUGUAAGUACAUCCUAAACACACAGUAUGUUAGUCCGUUUAAAUAUUAGCAAUUCUAUGUUCGUCUCCUGCAGCCCUCAUCUCAAAACAAGUGAGUGAGGUGCAUAGCAGUCUGUUAAGCCAAGGACACUCAGACAAGUUGGUGAAAGUGGUUAGAGCGAUAAGUGUACAAACUAAAACUGUGCAAAACGCGACUGUGCACGCACCUUACUCCUCACACCUUGUUAGCAGCAAAAAGAAACAAAACCAAAAUGUGUGGAAAGAGAGAAAAGUAGGCCCGAAGCACACCGCAUGCUUUUCUGUAACAUUAAAAAUAGCCGAACAGCUGAACUGGGCAGAUGGCAUACACUGUGUCCAUUAUGAAGAAUUAUCUUGCACAUUGCAUCGUGUGAAUAGAACUGUCAAGGUUUAUAUAAGCAGGAGGCAAAAAUUUCUGCUUUAUUCUAGAGGUCAUAGAAGGUCUUAAGCAAUGGCAGAAGAAACUGCAGUGGGCUGCAGCGUAUGAAGAGGAAAUGAUAAGUGACUAUCACGCAAAAGUAUUUGAAAAAGCAGUAAGACUGAUUCUUAGAGUGUGACUUAAGAAAAUCCUGAACUGCAGUAAAACCAAAAGUGAAAGGGGUUUCUAAGGCUUGAAAUGUUUAACUUUGGAGCAGACAGAUAAUAACAGAAAGUUUCCAUGGGUGUUUGAAUGUCUCUGUGAACCACUUACAAAAGCUUAUUGUCAGUGAAAUUGGAAGGUUUGAAUGUGAUUCAACUCUAGCAGUGGUGCCAAAUAGUGUACAGAAACUUUUGUUUGACACAUUUCUAUUUAAACAAAAAAAAUUCUGUAAGUUUGAACUUUCAUAUAAAUCAACCAUAAGCUUUGAGUUACUGGAACUAAUUUAAAGGAUUGCUGUUUUCUGUUGUUCAGGUCUGUGAAACAGAUUAUGAUGCAGGCUUUACAUUAAAUAGUAAGGCACUUAUUGUAAAGUACACCAUCACUGAAGACUGAAAAAUUUAUAGAUAGUUGAAGUUAAAACCCUGAGCUUCUGGGUUUUGUUCCAGAGUAGGAAAACACAAAAUUACUUAAAAAAAAUCUACCCCAAUCCAGAGCAUGCUUUUCACUCCAUUUGUCUAGACCGGGGUUUUACAUUUUGUAAAAAACUAGACAUUGUUUGUUUAGCAUUUGUCUUUUUACCACCCAUAAAAUCUAAACGAAUUGAUAUUUAUCCUCAGCUCAUGAGUUUUAAUCUCUUUUAGCUUCUGGUUGCACUUACCAUACACUCCGUGCCAAGUACCCAACAGCAGACACAAAGAGUUAGCACUCAGCUUGUGAGCAUUGUAAACCAUUUAUUAGCUAAAGAGGCAGAUAUUACCUGUAAUAUUAGAUUAAAACAGAAAGUACAGGACUUUGGUCAGGUGGUCAAAAAACAUAAUGGCAAAUAAAUGCUAAUGUUGCUCCAUAUUUACAGGAUGGAUAAUGCAUAGCCAAAUGCUUGUACAGCAUAUUUGCUACAACAACUUUUUAAAGCUGACAUCAUUCUCUGUUGCCCCCAAGUCAACAACAAUAUCAAUGCUGCUUUAAUGAACACCAUUUCCUCAAGCUGAAAACCACUGAUAUUAAUAGCUUGACAGACUGGAUAUGGCAGAUAAUACAAAAUCUUUGAUGUGUAGUAAUCUCAAGGAAAGAAAAUUAAAUGCUAACAAAUGAAUCAUUUAAACUUAUUUCAAUCAUGACAGGUUCAAGUGCAAAUAGCAAGUGCUGCAAAAUACACUUGUUGAUCUUAUAAUAUUAAAACUAAACCUGAUGAAAGUGUUUCAUGUAUUUAGGGAAACUAGUUCAGGAAACUGUUCAAUGAGAGAUUCAGUCAGGGUACAGAAGCUACUGGAACAGCGACUAGCCUGGGACUGGCGCCAACACCUUGGCUCACUAUUGAUAAAGUUGCAAAAGUAAGAGACAUUACAAGACCAUUACUGCCACCUGCUGGCCCGGAGCUGGUCUCGUCAGUUUAGGAACUGAGUAUACUUUGCCCUAAUACUUCAAAUAACAUUCCACGAAAGAAAAAAUAUUGAGCUGUCCUCUGCAAACACCUCCUUCAAUAUUCAGUCUUAGAAGUCCAAAAUGGCUGCAUUCUCCCCAGAUGGUAAACAGUAUUAUCUAUGUCUGCCAAAGUCCUGAUAAGAAUCUCUGUUGCAGUCCCAAAACAAGCACACUCAAGGUCAGCAGCCCCAACAGAUACCAAUCUCACACUGACCUCUGGCAGGCAAGUCUUAGCUGGUGGCUUGUGAUAGAGAGGACCCAUAUGUGAGCAGAUGUAGCUGAUUACAGGUCAGUCAAUACCUUCGUAGGGAACUGGCUGAUUCUUACUGAGCUGUCAUUGAAGGGACACUGCUGUCUUUUUCCUUUGUGCUGCCACCAACAAGUAAAUGGCUCUCCCUCAAUGCAGCUAAUCGGGCUGGUGAAGUGGAGGUUAGAGUGUUCAUACUGGGCCAAAUGUCAGUGGGAAAUAUGUGUUAAUGUUUAACAUAAGAGUGCAUACAUUUGUGAGGUUAAUUACUAGUUAUCAAAAAUGCUAUUAAACCCACUUCUUGUGUAUAUUAUUAUCAGUGAACAAAUGAGACAACUAUGGAAAAGAAUCCUGUACUUGUUUACCUGAACAUAUGUCCUGCAUUUGUGGAUUUAAGAAGUAACUCAAAGUGUUGAAUUCUCACUGAUAUUUCAUCAGCCAGACAUUGCCCUACUAAAAAAUUGUGUUUUUGGCAAGAUAUUUCCUCCAGCACCUGCUGUGAGCAUCACAUUAUGUACAAGCCAUGUCAUGUAUGUACAACAAGAAGGCAUGAAAUGUUUGAAAAAUGAGAAAGAAAUGCAAUCUUAAAUAAUUUACUUCCCAAAAUGGACUGUGUUUGCAUGGCACUGUAUUGUAUGUAUGCAUGUAUUUAAUUUCCCUGUAUGGAGUCUACGUUUUUGUUUUUAAUUAUGAUUUUGCUACUCUGUAGUGACUUAUGUUUGUUGUUUCAAUGCAUAUUCUGUAACACCAUGUGCUGCAAAAGAGCAAAACGAGUCAUAUCUGUUCCAAAACAAAAGCCAGAGGACAGUUCAUGUGUAAAAUAACUGUAAAUUACAUUUUUCUAUAUUUUCUAUAAAAAAAUAUAACAUAGAAAGAUUUUUAAUGACAGAAUUUUCUUAAAAAAGAAUAAAAAGGGAAAAAAGUUGAACACAGUAGGCCAGUAAUAAACAGUGGAAUGUUGCCAGUAUACUAGAUCUUAUUCCUUGCACACUGCAGUGUCAAUGUUUGUUGAUGAUACACGUUUUUAUAUGGGAAACUGUGGCCACCAUUUUAUUGUUUGUUUGUGUGUCUUGACUCCUUUAUAAUCUCAACAUGGUCCUCACAUUUAAGAAAAUUAGAUGUUUCUCAACAGCCCUUUUGUAAACAUCAGAACAGUCUGUCAGGCUUUGUAACGAUCACUUUUAACAAAAACGUAGGUUAGAAAUUUACCGAAUAUAGACAGAAUUAUGUUGUGAUAUACACCUAUAACUGUUUGCGAUAAGGCAGGUCAAGCUUAAGCAGCAAAGAUAUCAAUAUAUAGCUUAGCUUUUCUGGAAGCUCAUUCCUAAAUGUAAUUGGUGUCCUCAUCCUGAAUGGAACCUGCCAUUGUUUCCUAGAGCACUGUUUCUGUAUCCUAGCCACAUUCAUCACUUUUCAGCUUUACCAUAAUUAGCCGGAUGCCAUCUGGUUCAGCUAAUGUCUACUUAAAUAGCUUCGCAAGAAAUUAAUAAGAAUUAAUCCUCUAAAACAUACACAGUCUUACCAAUGCAUUAUGAAAACAGCAUGCGAUAUCAAAUAUUUAAAAACACUUCUUGAUAGUUUGGUCUUCUUUUGAAGAGAAGCAAAGAUGAGCCUCGCAUUUGUCUAUAUUUCCCUUAUUGUCAAGAAAUCUGCUUAAAAAGCCAAAACAAUGUGUCAUUCUGUGACUCAGUUCUUCCUGACCUGCCAACCAUGUAUGCAGCCUCAAGCUCACUGGUGUCCAUAUUCAUUGGGAACCAAUCCAAUUUAACAUAUGUUAAGGCCAAUUCGUAGUUUCCAUAUGAUGCAGACAGCAGAUGCAUUUCCAUUCAUGUUACAACAGGUACACACUGGUCUGCUAUGCAAACAGUCUAUUACUCGACACAGAAAAACAAACAGGGCUCCUGAAGAUGUUUCUGAGAAGCUGACUAGAACUUUACAUUUUUCACAGGAAGUAGCAGCGGGUUACAGAUUCUCCUGUAGCACUGUGUCAAUUUGAUUAUCCCUGAGGCAUGUCAAGUACAGUGGGUGGACAUAGCGCAGGAUUUCUACAGAAUUUAGAACUUCCUACUGUGUGUGGACACUGUCAGUGGAAGGUAUGUUCACACUGAAGUACCUCCAAAGUCUGGCAGCAACAACUUUAACCACAACUUGGGUAGAUGACAGGAUGUACAUCAUGGAUACCAUUGCAGACAUGCAGAUACAUAAAACAUGAAUUGUCCUUUAAUUAAGCAGGGGUCAUUUGUUAAUAAACUACAGUGUGUGUGUCAUUGGAAAUGAAGAACAUGUUUCUAAUUCUGUUGGUGCGGUUCCUGUCUGUUAUUAUAGUUUUUGGACAACAGUGGAGCUCAGUUGCAUAGAGGAGGAAAAUGGUAGGCUUUGGAUACAAUACAAGAAAUAUCUGUUGAUUUACUAUAUAAUUUUGAUGUUUUUGGCCUUUUCAUGGGAUUUGUUGACAAUAAGAUACAGAGCUUUGCUAGCGUCAUUCUUUUUUAAAAAAAACAACUUGCACAAGAUACUCCUGAAGCUAAAGGUCAUUCUGCUCUAAAAGCUUUUAUGUAUUGUUUGAUGGAUUUAUUUAUGAGCCACACUUAUUCUCCUCCUUUAUCAUCAUGUAAAAAUAGUCAGUCAACCUCAAAAGUUGUGCAUUUACUAAUAUUACACACCAGUUUUAUUAGUUCUCCAAGCUUGUGCUAUGUAGUGGCUUCUGUCCAUUUUCACUAAUAAACUAUAUAUAUAUAUAUAUAUAUAUAUAUAUAUAUAUAUAUAUAUAUAUAUAUAUAUAUCAUUAAAAUCAAAUAGGUAAAAGACAAAAGAAUAAAAAUGACAAAAUCUUCAGUGAUAUUUUGAACAUUUUAGGCAGAUAUGAGUGUACUGUAAGUGUCAUAGAAUCCUUCGACCACACACCAGCAGAUUUUCAGUUUGUGCAAUCAGGGACAAUACAAUAUUUCCACAAUACAGGGCAAUACAAGUAUGCAAUCACUAUUUUGCUUGUUGAAUAAUGUACCUGGCAAACCUGUUCCAACCACAGCCUCAGAGGACAAAUUGCUGUUUUACUGUAACUCAUCUAUCUUGUAUGUCAUGUGACUAAGCCUCAAAAAUAGGCUGUUGUUGCUCCCAUUAAUCUGCCAGUUAUUUAAUGACUCUACUUCAGCAUUUUACAGUAAAUUUCAACAUUGUGCAGAAGCUCAAAUGAAAGUGUGGUUAUUUUAGUGACCCUAGUCCCAUUUAAGUUCAAUUCCUGCCAUUAAAGCAGGUGUAUUCAAUGAAGUUUGUUUUGUACACAUCUACAUCCAUCCAUCCAUCCACCAUAUGCUUCAAGAAUCAAAUGUUUACUUCAUUAUGCAUGCAAAACUCUAAUGCAUGGCAUUAUCUAUGAGUUUGUGUUGUCAUCAAAAAGCCAUUUGUGCUAUCAUUUCCUUGUCCAUAUCCAUACAGUUCCAUCUGAAUGAGGAUCUUGUUUAAGUUGUCUGAAAUAUCUAGAACAACGAUUUUUUACAGCAGAAUAAUGUGUUCAUAUAAAUCUAAUGCAAGUACACUUUGUCAAUUGUCUUCACAAUUCUAAAUAUGUAUACAGAGGAUUCUGGUUAGUUUUUGCCAAAGUCUGAGCCUUUUGUACUGAGUCUUAAAAGGGUAUACCACUCAAUUUAAGAACAUCUGUAUUGUAUGUGAUUUAUUUGGACAAUCUUGCCAGUCUAUUAGCAUAGCCAGUGCUCCCUUAAACCACAAAAUACACAUCAAAUUACAGAAAUUAGUCAGUCAUGUUCGGCUUUCACAUAGUUUCAACUCAGCCUGGAGGUGAGAAGUUUUUGGUAACUUGUGAGAGGAUUUUGGCUAAACUUCAGUUGCAGCUACGUCUAGUAAGAGUGAAAUCAAGACGAGUUUAGCUAUACAGACUAGUCUUACACAUCCUUAUGAAAGUCUGAGUGUAAAAAUAAGUAAAUUAGAAUAGACUAUAAAAUGAAAUUCUGCAACUUUCGUGAAACAGCGGCCGCCAUAUCUAUGUAACAAUUAAAGAAUCAUGUAAAUGCAGCCACAUUAUCGGAAAGUAACAGAGAUAUAGGAAUAUUCAAAACAGUGAACUGCCUCAGUUAUGCAGCAACAUUUACCAUUUGCCAAAUUAGCUACCAGAGACUCCUGAGUGACAGUCCAACAGUUGAUUGAUAUAAUGAUUUUUUUGAUAUUUGCUGCUAACCUGAAGGUUGCCUCAGACAUUUAUUGCUAUCACUGCAGUCAUUCAUAUGUCUGAUCUGUACCUCCUCCACAACUUUAAAUGGUGAUAUCAAACCUACUGAGGCACCCAGGAGGUGGAGGACCCUACAGCCAUAUAUAUGGGACUGAUAACAACUGAUAACAGCCAAUUAAUGGGCUAAUAACAUUCGAAGCAGGUGAUUUGAAAGUAUCUAUGUACAGAUCAUGAAGGAAAUAUUUCCACAGGUUUUAUGAUUAUGGCUAUAAAAUCACCAGGGAGCCCACCAUGUUCUUUGAAGAGUGUUCAAACAUUUAUUAAUGUCUGUAACAUCCUUGAGCGGAAAAAAGCGAUUGAUAGAACAUUAUUUAACCUAUCUGAAUUCAAAGAACAUUGUUUCUUUGCUCUUGUCACAUUUUUUACUCACUGUGGGCUCAGUUUUUUUUUUUUUUAGUGCAGUGUAAAGUGCUGCACCUCUAUGAAAAGAGCACAACUGACUUCCAAGUGUAAAAAGAACUCAAAAUGUCUUUUGUGCAGUAUGGCACUGUUAUAAUCCAUCAUUCGUAAAAGGUAGAAAAAUAAAAGUUGAAUUUCUAUGAUUACCUUUGUGCCACAAAUUAAAAAAAAAAAAACUGGAAUCAACAUUAAAAAAAAACAAAAACAUUUUUCCAGGUGGCCACAGGUGUUGCACUGGAAAAUAUGGAAUGUUUUGUUUCGUUGGGUUUUUUUUUUUGUUUACAUACUUAUCACAUAAGUCUCUCUUUUGGUCGCCAAUGGCUUCUCAGUUGCAUCGAGGAUUUCGGAAUUUUUACAGAAUUAGUUGCCAAUGGUUUCUUUUGGGCAGAUGUUCCUGCUAUAAUAAAUGGAAACAGUGGAGUUCAGAGGGUAUAAGCAACAAUAUGUUAUAUUAGGUGAACCGUGACUGCAAAAUGACAAAUACUAAUCCUAACCCUUGUGAUAAUACUGACAGCUAAAAUGAAAAGAAACAUUAGCACAAGUAGAGAUAAGCCAGUGAAAUGACCCAGUAAUGUCUGUCAUAUAUGAAGACAUGUAGAUUGAUCAUGUUAGAGCAAGAGAAAGUUCAGAAUGGCAAACUCCAGAAUGUAUUCAGCCAAGUAAGAAUUCAUGUGUUUAGCUUUUCAUUUGCGAGAGGGAGAAUAUGUCUUGCUUCAGAUGUUAUAAGCUAAUGAAAAACCUUCAUGUACAUUUAAAAGUAGCCUUAUGCAGACUGUUAGUGAACUUAAGAUGGUUUUUUUGUAUCAUUGUGGUAUUAAAAAGACACUUUUGGGAGUCAAACUAUUCUCACAACUAUCUCAGAACGUGGUACAAAGAAAGAAGAAUCUUUUUUUGAACUGGGUGGUAUUUCUCUUUUAAGUGUUAUAAGCGCCUGUUAGCUUCGUAAGUCUGUGCUCUUUAUAUAAUCAGUGGCAUUGCCUUGCAUAUAUUUUCCAGUAUUUCAGUACAGAUGUCAAUGGAGUAUUUUUCUUAGAUUGUGCCUGAGCUAUCGUACAGCUUCAGAUCCAGGUGCAGUAAAGAUACACUUUGAUGAGAUGACAAUGCUGUCACAUUUUAGGCUGUUUGUGUGUCGUGUGAAUGGGUAUGUGGAAGUGUAUCGAGUCUGACUUUAGACUGUCAAUUGCUGUUCAUUCUUAAUGCCUUUCUCAUCCAGCAUACCGUCGAUCACAUGAAGUUAUACCUCUGUGAAACUCAGAUAAGAACAUACAUGUUUGUGCCCAGAACGGAUGGAAGAAAGGACUGUUAUCUCCUUCUUACCACCUCAAAUCACUGUUAGCAUUCAUGUACUUUCUGUAAAUGUCACCCAGAUGUUAGCUCAGUGUACAGCCCUGCAUAGCUUUAUAUUGUACACACAUGUCACCGAGGUAUAGUCUUCAAAAAGGAGCAGGAAAUUAAACCUCUUUCUUUGUGUUGCUUAUUUUCUGGUCGCCUUCUGAGGUGUUGGCAGGGCUUGAACUCUGCUUUGCUAAUCUAUGCCUCUUACCAAACAGCAGUAAGGUUUAACCUCAUCUGACUGCAGUGACAGAGGGAAAUCGGAGAGGGGGUGGAUAGAGAGAAACAGAAUGCAGGCAAAACAGGAGGUAAGCCCUCAUUUGAAUUUGAGAAGAUUUGAGCAGCAGGGAUGAUGGGAAGUUUUCUGGUGAAGGGAGAUGUCGUAUGAAUCGAGGGUGACUGCGGCACUGCUAGAAAUGUCUCUGUUCAGUCCUUUGCUGCUGUAGUGAGUCUUAGAGUCUUAGUUUACUUAUGAUGAAAGUUGCUGUUUGUUGAGACAAAUGCAGGUAUGCUAGCUUUAGAGGAAAUUGGUUCUAUCUUUCAAAAAGUGCGUUUUUUUGUUUGUUUUUCAAGUUCACUGUUGUAAGAACAAAAUGCUAUUAUCUCACAAUUUUUUCCAGUACAGAAGCAUUUUAAUAGGGUACUCCGGCAUGUUAAUAUUACACUUUCAUAAAACUGUCAGACUCACAAAAACAGCUUUUGAAUCCCAGUAUUUACAAUGGAUGUAGCACAGGCAGCGAUAUCAAAUUAUUAGUCAUCAGCAUGCAUGGCUGUAUUGCAAAAUUGUUUUAUGAGAGUGCACACGUAAGCAUAAUAUCAACAGAAAUAUUAAGGGGCUUUAAACUACAUUCCGACAUAGAACCUCUCAGUAAGUAAUGUCCUCAAUAUUGGUAGAAAUGUUCUUGUAUCUUGCCAUGACAUCAGGGUGGCUGUGGAGACUGCAAUAUCUGUUGAUUGGAACACCACUUUGGUUCACACAGAUAUGACUAAGCUAUUGGAUGACAUGUCUUCCCAAAUCAAAGUUUUCACUCAUUCUGCCAGUUGGAUUGGUACGAAAUGUUGCACUGACAUUUACAGGUUCCAGAAAAUGCAUCUAAACACUUUCACAGAAUUCCCAGAAUUUUCUUUCACACUAUGACAAGGCUGACAUUUAUGACUUUGAAGUAAAAUUUGUCAACAGCUAUCAAUGGAUUGCAAUGAAAGUGGGUCACUCUUUAACUGGAUUUAUUGGCUAUCUGAACUGCUUGUGGUAUAACAGACACACAUACUGCUGUGUGAAGGUGGAAGAGAAGCUGGGCGUUGUGCUUUUCAUUCUAUCUGUGUGGCACUUUUCAUUUGUAGAAAUAAGUUCAACACCACCAUCAGUUUCUCCUUUGAAGGAUGAUCUGAAAACAUCUGUUUGCCCUCUAUGAUGGCCAGCUGUUCAACCACUUUCUACUACAACUGUCCACAUUGACUUUAUACAUUUGAUUUCUGACAUGGUCGACGUCUUAACUCUCCCGACCUCGAAGCAGUUUAUUUUUACUCACUGUGGGCUAAUUUUUUUCACUGCAAAUAUUAGGUUCUGCACUUUUAUGGAAACAGAACACCCGUGCCAAAGUAUAGAAAACUCAAACAUGUCUUACGGCUGUAAAGUUAAAAAGGUGCCCCCAUGCGUAACCAAUACAUGAAAAAUAUGUGGACUCUACAUAGAGUUAAACAGAUAUUUUACUACCUACAUUUAUAGUUUUCAUACUCUCCUACCAGCCGUAUGAAAACAUAGCCAGCAGUUCAGCCCAACAAUCUCUUAAUUUUUCUUACAUGACUGCUGAAUGGCUCCUUGGCAUGACUUAGGAGCCAUUCAGCAGUCAUGUAAGAAAAAUUAACCAGAAUCUUUAGUUGUUUUGCAAAAUCUGGUUAGACAAAAUGGUUUAUCACAAUUUUUGCCAUAGAAUUGGUUAAGUUUCCAAACAAAAUGGCACGUUGUGUAGUUCGAGGACAAUCUGACAAUUCUGUUUUCACGGUUUCUGGCUCUGACAAAUAGUGUAAUUUAUGUGACCUUUUUUCAACACAGUAUGUCUUUUAUACUUGAUGACUGGCUUGGGGAUUCAGAGUGUAAAGAACUAGAUCUGAGAAUCCAUCACAGACCAUCAGAACAAUGUUUUGUUGUGUUUCGAUGACUCCUUUCUCAUUGAGCACCAUCACAAGCUCAAAAAUCCAGUGUUAAAACAUUUCUAUCACAGGAUAAUUAGAGAAUAUAGUAAACAUGUCUACUAGCCAAAUAUCAGCAUUGUCGAUGUAAUCAUGGUAGCAUGCUCAUGUUAGCAUUUAGCUUCCACCUCAUGCAGCUACCAGUGUGAUUGUGCUAUGUGGAAAAUAACUGCGACAUUGGCAAAAUUAAGCCACUGGAGCCCCAGUGCAACCAAAGAUUCUACGCUUCCCAUCAUGCAGUUCAACAACAUCUUUUAUUAGAUUCUUUAAAAAAAAGCUACCAAAUGUGUUGGGACUGAGGUACCCUUGAUGGUAACUGUAAAUACUUUAAAAAGCUCCCUCCACAGCCAGAUAAGAUAUAAUACAACUGUUCAAAAGCAGAGUAACUGGCCUUGACCUGUAAGACUGCAAGAGUGCCCUUUAAAAGCUCAUGCAAUGACAUGCAAAAAUUUACUUUUUUCCCCUCAUAGUAGGAUGCUCAGCAGCUAAAAGCUGGCAUUUCAUUUUCAUUUCAGUCCAGUUUUCCCCUCAUAAGUUGAUUAUUUCCCUAAAAGCCUGUGUUUUAUGUGCAAGAAGUAGACAGCCUCAGCCUUGUACUUCACGACACUGUAAGUUUUACUGUACACAUCAACAUCAUAGCGGCUUUUUGUAAUCCCCCCCUCCCCUGAACUUUUUACUUCCUGAGCUUAAUGUGAGUGGCAGCAGGAGUGGCUGCUGUCGUGUUGUGCUCCGUUGCAGCGAUAUUGCGCCAAGCUGCCUUGGCCGGGGUUAUUUUUGGCUCCCACCUUGUCUUAAUCCUGUCGUGAUUCUCCGAUGGAUUAUUCAUGCUUCUUCUCCCCCCUCUCACCCCACCUCCUCUCUUUCUCACCUUCCCUCUCUCCUUCCUCCUUUUACACUUUUCCAUCCUCACCCCUGAGCGCCUUCAUUUAACACCGCCGCCAGUCUUCCUCUUGAUACAUCUGUGUCAUCAUUAAAAUGCUUUCAAGUGUGUGCUCUCAUGCUGCCAACCGAACACUUCUAUAAUUUAUUUAGAAGGUUGUAUAACAUAUCUGCAGCUUUCCCCAUACACUCCAACUGUAUAAACCAACAAAGCACUAUAUCAAUAGUCCUGUUAACACCUUGUAAUGUAUCCCUCCACUCCUAUUCACUGAGAUCACUUUUCUUCACAGCCUGUUCAAGUAGUCUGAAUUCUCUGCCGAGGGCUGCUGUGAUAAUUACUUCCAUAGAAUCCUCUCUUUUGCUCUUUCUUUUCCACCUAAAAACAAGAUCCAAAGGACAUUUGACAAUGAAUAGCAUUUAAAAGUGUAUGAAUAUAUAUUACACUAGAGGCUCAAAGUCCAUUAGAGUGAGUGGGUGCAAUCGAAAAUCUUUACUGAUAUGUUUAUUUGCAGUUUGUGACUGUCACUUUGCGAGGCUGCAAACGAAUAGUGGUGAAAAGUUGUUUGUGUUGGAUUGACAGAAGAGGCUUGAUUCUAGUUAACUCUGGAUCUUAUUUUGUAUCUUGGUUUGGCUCAGAACAGCACAAACAAAUGGCAGCUUACUGAUCUUCCCGUUAAAUUUCAAACUGCUUCCUCACUUGGCCAUCUAAAAGAAGAAAUCUGGGUGUUUUCUAACCUAAACAGGAGCUUUGCAGUAAAGAUCUUUUAAUAUUUAAAAUGUGAAAGUAAUUUCAUAUUUUAAUUUUCAAAAACUACUUGGCUUAGCAUGGACUGAACUACUGCAGCAGCUGGCACAUUGCUUUGCUAGUCUUUAAUCCCAUUAAAGUCCCAGAAUUAAAGCUGAAGAUAUCAGUUUAUCAGUGGAUUAGUCGCUCUAUGGAAUAAUAAUUCACAACUCUUAUAAUUUAUUAAUCAAGCAAAAAAAAAAAAAAAAAAAAAAAAAGCUUUUCUUUGCCCAAGUCCAGUUUGUCAUUUUGUCAUGAUUGGCCUGUUUUCUUAGUCUUGCACUGAAGUACAUUUAAAUAUCCAGAUUUUGGACAAAACAAGCAAUUUCAUCGCAUCACCCACAAGAUUUUACAGCUCAACAGAAAAAUGCCGACAAAUUAAUUGUUUGUAGAAGCAGUUGCAGCCUUAAAAAUCACAGAAAAAUACACGUAUAUGCUGCAGAUUACUCCCCACAUUACAUCAUAUUUAAACCCAUUCAGAGUCUUUAAAUGUAGACAAGAACUUGAAGUUUAGAAGAAUCUUAAAUGAGCAUCAGCAAAAUCAGCAUUUAUCCAUGUGUUGGCUCUCUGAUAGAACUGAAAUGAAUGGUCUGAAAAAAACACGCCCUUGUCCAGUGAGGAUUAACGUAUAUACAUUAUAUCAGCUUGUGUAUAUUUUUGUCGUGUGUGACUUAAACUCGCUUUUCUCUCAGAUGUCAUGUGAAAUAACACAAACUUCCCGGCAGCAGCAAAACCAACAAGUAGUCUUCCAUAAAUGCAGACAUCUAGGGGAUAUAUUAUCAGCAGAAAAGACCUCUUGCCAGUUCUACCUUAGCCAUCUCAGCUAUUAAGACAAAACAUAAACAAAGAAAAAAUUUCUAUACAUGUCAGACUGAAGUCUCCUGGAUCAAAAUAUUAUUCCGAAUCCUUUUUCUGAAGCUUUUUGCAGUGACUGGUUGAGUGCACUCGGCACAUUACAGCCCAGCUCUGGGGUUGACGGCCAAAUCAAAAUGCUCUGGAUGUACACAUGGAAGGAUUUUGGAUAGGAUUUGAGCCCAGGUUUUCAUAGUGUAUAUAGGUCUGUUGUGGCUGAGGAGCUGAAUGCCACCCAUCAGACCUGCCAAAACUAGAACCGUAGUAUGACGAUAAUGUACAGGAAUGUCUCAGUUUCAAUUUAUUAGAAGAGGUAUGCUUUUGAAUGCUCUGAAUAUUUUAAAUGUAAACUUCUUUUCUACUGCCUGCUAUGUUGAAGCUAUAAAUAGUAUGCAUAUGAUCAACCUUUUUUACUUGACAGAAAUUAAAAAAAAAUUUCAUUAAAAGAGCUUUUGUCUAUGAAACACCA